AUUUGGGAACAAUUCAUGGGAAAGGAGGAAAUACGUCGCUGGAGAGAAGAUGAACACUUUGAAAAAAUAUUUUUCGUUCUUAUAAUGAGAAAAAGGAAAAUGGAAAUGAGCCAUCAUCAAUUAUAUUUUACAGGCAAUUUAUCAUUAAAUUUAGAUUCUAUUCAGGACUAUGAUGAUGAGAAUCCAUGUAUGUAA